UCACAGUCGACUACAAGCAAACGCUUAUGUCUUGAUUGUUUUUCUAAACCGAGCCAGGGAUGCGUCACACCGACAAUUACGCAAAUUGUAGACAAACCAAUCGUGCUUUGGGACUAAUAUUUAUUGGAAUUUGGGUUUGAAAAUGCAUUUCUAAGAUUUUUCAGGAACCCUGGGGCUUGUGUUUUGUCCCGAACCGAGCUGUGGGCUGGUCCGCUUCUGGAUAGCGGACAGACAUCAAGCUUGUGUUACGUGAUGACAUCAUCAUUACUGCCGGGGCAGCGAAUGAACGCUAUCAAAACGUUCAUGAAGUCUGGAAAUGUUUUGAAAUAUGGCCUCAUCAUUGUCACCCUGUUUGGCCUCAUCUUCCUGUUGAACAACAUUACCAAUGGGGAGAACUGGAAGUACCACACAAUGUCAGCACUGUACAAGUUCCAGAGCCGGAUCCAGUCACUCACUUAUAGAAGCCUCCCAACAUUUCACCACAAUCACAGCUUCUGUUCACAUCUGGGUCAGCCGCCGUCAUUGAUAGAAGAGCUGGAGGAGCGGGACUUGUUGGACCUCAUUGCCGGGCCCCAGCAGCCAUCUGGCUCUACAAUACCCACCCUCUGUCAGACAAGUGACCCGGCCCACAGCCUGUUUACAAUCAUCCCCUCCAAAAACAACCAGCGUUGGUACGUGGGUGACCAGCUGGAGGCGCUGGUCCACCUGCACGACUUCAAGGGCCGACCCAAGCGAUACGGUGGCGAUUUGCUGUUGGCCCGGUUGCACUCCCCGAAAUACAAAGCGGGUGUGGCUGGCCAAGUACUGGACCACAACAACGGACUUUAUACCGCUCGAUUCCCGCUGCUGUGGGAGGGCAGGGCUCAGGUUGAGGUCACGAUGGUGCAUUCGAGCGAGGCCGUCGCCGUGCUGCGGCGACUGAGGGAGCAACGGCCCGAUCGAGUAUUCUUCGUCAGCCUCUUUCGCCACGACCUUCUUUCUGAGAGCACAGUUUGCAACAUGUGCCUGCCGCAGGACCAGGGGGAGUUGUGCAACUACACGGACCCUUACUCCGGCGAGCCGUGGUAUUGUUACAAGCCUAAAAUGCUCAGCUGCGAUGCCCGAAUCAAUCAUGCCAAGGGAGGCUACCUCAAAAACAUCAUCACCAAUAAGGAAGCUUUGCUCUUCCAGAGUGGGGUCAAUGUCAAAGUUCCCAUCCACGCUUCCACAACGGACACCAUCGUCGUGAUGCCUUCGAGGAAAGAAAAUGACAGGCAAAAACCAGAUCCGGUGAAGCUGCCGACUUCUGGGUACUACUACCAGGACUCGUGGAGGCCAUUGGGUGGUGUCAAUAUGCGGCAGUUUGACAGAAGUUCUGAUAUCACUAAGUGUUUGACCAACAAGAUGGUUUACAUGUACGGCGACUCCACUGUGCGCCAGUGGUUCGAGUACCUCCUCAGUGUGCUUCCAGAGAUGAAAGAAUUCGAGCUGCAGAGUCCAAAAAAGGUGGGACCCUUAAUGGCAGUGGACAGCACCCACAACAUUCUGCUCGAGUACCGCUGCCACGGGCCACCCAUCCGCUUCUCCACCGUCAUGACCAGCGAGUUGCGGUACAUCGCCAACGAGCUGGACGGCCUGACCGGCGGUCCCGACACGGUGGUGGCGCUCAGCGUCUGGUCUCACUUCAGUACCUUCCCCGUGGAGGUGUACAUACGCCGCCUGCGGCAUAUUCGCAAGGCGGUAGUCCGACUCCUGGACCGGGCGCCGGGGACGGUGGUGGUGAUCCGCACAGCCAACCCUCAGGCUCUGGAGCGAGACGUCAGCCUGUACAACAGCGACUGGUUUUCGCUGCAGCUGGACACGGUGCUGCGCGCCAUGUUCGAAGGUCUCGACGUUUGGCUGGUGGACGCUUGGCAGAUGUGCGUCGCGCACCACCAACCUCACAACCUGCACCCCCCUAGGUCCAUUGUCAAAAACAUGGUAGACAUGAUGUUGUCCUACGUCUGUCGAGAUGGAACCAGAAAUAUUGUGUGAUUUUCAGAACCGUGUGAACGAGUAUCGGGCCUCACUGAAAAGACUUCAAAACAAGAUAGACAGUUGUAAUUGAAGGAGACGUGGGGACAACGGUAUAGAAAAUGGAUGGAUGGAUUUCCUCCUCUUUUUAACUUCAUAAAGGGAGCAGAAUGUAUUGGACAUAUUUGUCUUUGCAGAAGAAUGACUUGAAUUACAUUACAUACGUAUUAAAGUUACAAAGUUUGCCAUACAGUAAUUUCAAAUCAGAGAACGUAGUAGUAUUGCUGUAAUAAAUAUCCCAGCAACAUCCUGCAGAAAAAACAAGUUCAAAUUUGUGCCAUAUCUCUUUGAAAUGUGGGCAGUAUUUAUGGGGUCACAAUCGAAAAACAGACUGCCGGCUCACGUGACAAACGGACUUUUCUUUCUCAUGUUUUGCUAUUUUCUUCUUUUUUCUUACUUGUGAUGGAAGCGUCCGCCCCAUCCUAGGGCAAAAAAACAAUGUCAGUCUUGUUCGGUUUGUUGCACUGAAUGGAACUUGAAUAUGUCUAGUCACUAGCCAGUUGAGUAUAUAUGUGGAAUCCAAACACUGGAGAAGCCAUUCUUUGCCACGUGCUGCCUCAUUCUCAUCAGACUGAACGCUGCUGAUUGCACAAACUGCUUCACACCACUAUGUGACUUUUCCUCGCCCCCGUUUUUAACACUUCAGCCUUUGCUUUUUUUGGUCUGUAUUCAAGCCGUCUCAGUUCUUUGUUUACAAAUAACAGUGAGCCAUUCAAGGAACACUUUCCAGACUUGAAAUUAACGCAACAUAUAAAUAAUAUAAAAACUUUUUUUUUUAAAUAAUUCUGCUUUUCCCACAUGCUGCAUAUCCACUUAAAUUUAGUCCAAGAACUUUUUCAAAAUACAUUAGUACAGAAAAAGGGUCGCUGUCCCGUACGUUUUGAACGUCUCCCUCCUCCAACGCCCCUGAUUCAAAUGAUCAACUCUAAAGAAGCCUGAUAACGAUCCUGAUCAUUUAAUCCGGUGUGUCAGAGGGAGACAUUGAAAACAUGCAGGACAGCGCCCCCCAACAACCGGUUUUGAACACCCGUGGCAGAAGCUAUGGAAUUCCUUAGACAGUUGCUUUCUUGUGAGGGGUGACCUAAACUAUGAAUAUAGUAUAUAAAAAAAAACAAAUAAAGAAUUUGGAUUGAUUGACU